AUGAGACCGCGGAGCUCCACCGGCGCCACCCGCGUGCCUCGUGGGCAUCUUGGCCGCCUCGGUCACGUCCGCCAUCCCGUUCGUCCCCGUGACGACGAGACCGCGGAGCUCCGCGUGCCUCGUGGGCAUCUUGGCCGCCUCGGUCGCAUCCGCCACCGCAUCAAGCUCCCACCGCAGGAUACCUUUGGUGAUCAUAAUGUUGGCCUUCUUACAGGAGAUUCUGCUAUCAACAAAGGUGCUCAGAUUCUAAUUAUGACGACAGAGAUUUUACGUAACAUGCUGUACCAAAGUGUUGGCAUGACAGCCUCUGAAGGUAGAUUAUUUCAAGUCAAUGUCAUUGUUUUGGAUGAAGUCCAUUAUUUGAGUGAUAUCUCACGUGGCACUGUUUGGGAAGAAACUGUCAUAUAUUGUCCAAAGGAAGUCCAGCUUAUAUGUCUGUCAGCCACUGUUGCAAAUCCUGAUGAAUUAGCUGGCUGGAUAAGUCAGAUUCAUGGUAAAACAGAGCUUGUAACAUCGAACAAACGUCCAGUUCCGCUUACUUGGCACUUCUCGAAGAAAUACUCAUUACAACCACUUCUUGAUGGAAAGGGGAAAAAAAUGAAUAGGUACCAGACGUGCAAGUUCAUUUUAAAAGAUAAGGGAUGUGGUUUCUAG